UUUGCUACUGUCUCAGGAAUAAGCAAACACAUGUAUGAGGAUAUAAUAGGAAACUUGACUCCACACGCACAUGCAGCUGAAACUGUUGAUUCCACUAAAACAAACCCAGUGACGAAGCAAAAAGCGGCUCAGAUGAGCGUCUCACAUGCAGUUGUGGCUGAGACUCCGAUGCCCAUCCUCAACAGAAGCUCCUUUAAGAAGUGUCCUCGGUGGGAUUUUGAUGAUGUCUAUAACCAGGACGCUCCACCCAGACUGUGGACCUGUGCCGAGUCUCUGAGAAACUCUGAGGAUGAGAGCUUCAAGAAGGCUUUCCUUCCCAACAUACGUCUGUUUCUGCACAAGGACAACAUCAACAUGAGCGAGUGGAACCGGCUCUCACAUUUUAACAAUCCUUUUGGUUUUAUGCAGUUCCCCUACAAAGAAGUGAUGAGUGCAGUGAAGUUGAUCCCGAAGCCAAAAGAGCCGCUGCUCUUUCCAAAGCCAGGCAAUGGCGGGUGUAUCCGCUGUGCUGUGGUGGGCACCGGGGGGAUCCUCAACGGCUCCAGAAUGGGGGAAGAAAUUGACGCUCACGAUUACGUUUUCCG